GUACGGACAUUGCUGCAGGAGAAGAAGUUGCCAUCAAGCUUGAAUGUGUCAAAACCAAACACCCUCAGCUCCACAUUGAGAGCAAAAUCUACAAAAUGAUGCAGGGAGGAGGAAACACGGUUGGUGAACAGUAAAACCCCAGAAGAACAUGGAGGAAAAAAACAACCCAAUAUAUUUACAGCAACUGGCCACCUAGUGGUCAGUCACCAAGUCAGCGACGGAGGCCCCACAGAGCCUGACAAACAGCAGCGGGGGGCGGGGAGCAGCAGCUGGAGCGACAAGAACCCAGGAUCAGACACGUCACGCAGUGUGUCCAUUGCACUCGUCUGUUCCGACAUUGGGCAUCCCCACCAUCCGGUGGUGCGGGGCGGAGGGCGACUACAACGUGAUGGUGAUGGAGCUGCUGGGACCAAGCCUGGAAGACCUCUUCAACUUCUGCUCCAGGAAAUUCAGUCUCAAAACUGUCCUGCUGCUUGCUGACCAAAUGAUUAGUCGUAUCGAGUACAUCCACUCCAAGAACUUCAUCCACCGGGAUGUGAAGCCUGACAACUUCCUCAUGGGGCUGGGCAAGAAGGGCAAUCUGGUGUACAUCAUUGACUUCGGCCUGGCCAAGAAGUACCGGGACGCCCGCACCCACCAGCACAUCCCCUACCGCGAGAACAAGAACCUCACGGGGACCGCGCGGUACGCCUCCAUCAACACGCACCUCGGAAUCGAACAAUCUCGAAGGGACGACCUGGAGUCACUGGGGUACGUGCUCAUGUACUUCAACCUGGGCUCUCUGCCCUGGCAGGGGCUGAAGGCUGCCACCAAGAGACAGAAGUACGAGCGGAUCAGUGAGAAGAAGAUGUCCACCCCCAUCGAGGUGCUGUGCAAAGGCUACCCUUCUGAAUUUGCCACAUACCUGAAUUUCUGUCGCUCCUUGCGUUUUGACGAUAAACCGGACUACUCAUACCUGAGACAGCUCUUCAGGAACCUGUUCCAUCGCCAGGGUUUCUCCUAUGACUAUGUGUUUGAUUGGAACAUGCUCAAAUUCGGUGCCAGCCGGGCCGCCGACGAUGCCGAGCGGGAGCGCCGGGACCGUGAGGAGCGAUUGAGGCACUCCCGGAACCCUGCCACCCGCGGCUUGCCUUCCACUGCCUCAGGCCGGCUGAGGGGGACGCAAGAAGUGGCUCCUCCCACGCCCCUCACCCCUACCUCACACACUGCUAACACCUCCCCGCGGCCUGUGUCCGGCGUGGAGCGCGAGCGGAAGGUGAGCAUGCGGCUGCACCGGGGCGCCCCCGUCAACAUGUCCUCGUCCGACCUCACGGGCCGGCAAGACACGUCCCGCAUGUCCACCUCGCAGAUUCCCGGUCGGGUGGCUUCCAGUGGUCUUCAGUCUGUCGUGCACCGAUGAGAACGCUCCUUUUUGCUGUGAAGGGCACACAAUGAAUGCAUGGCUGAUCUACUCUGUUACAUGGCUUUACUAGUGACGUCCCGGCCUAGAGCACCGGGAGCUCUGCAGGCCACCCACCCAGCAGCGCCCAUGGGGAGGCAAAACACAAACCAAACGGACAGACUGCGAGCUCUGCCACCGCCAGGGGCUCCACUGAGGCCCCCCACGUGAACUCUUGUCCCGGGGCUGGGAAGAGAAGCAGAGGGAGACGGCUGCCGAGAACCCACUGUGGUCAGGAGCCUGGCAGCCUCCCUCCCGCCGUGGCACGCCCAUGCCCCCUGGCGAGUCUGCUGUAACCACCGACCUACUUGGUUCAGACAGUUUUGUAUCAUUUUGCUAAAAAUUAUUGGCUUAAAUCUGUGUAAAGAAAUCUUUUUAUUGUUUCUUUCUUGUCUGUUUUUGCGGUCUUAAACAAGGUGUUAACUUGAAAGAACCCUGACGGACACUGGCGUGGAGUUUCUGUAUAGGAUGGAGUGAGGCAGGGCGCAGGCACGCGGGAACCUCAGUCACCUGUUUCCUGUUGUUGUUUUGUUGUGCGGUCCACUGUGGAAAGGGGAUUUUCUCUCAGAUAUUGUCACAUGUAUAUGCGUGUGUAAGUAAUGUGCGUGUCUGUGUGCUGUGUGUCUUGUGACCUCAUUCACCUGGUUUUGGCUGUUACCCCCCGACCGUGACUGAAAUGCCGGUGCCCGUUUGAUCUUCCCAGAUGCGAGAUGGAAGCCAGGCGCCGAAGACUCGGAGCCGAGGCUUUGUGUGUGUCGCUGGGCCCCGUGGGGUCGUGUGUGGUGUUGGUGGUGGUGGUGGUGGUGGUGGUGGUGGUGGUGGUGGUUGCCGCAAUGCCUUGGAGUUUGGGAAAUGUUCUGAACAGACUGUAAAUAUUAGCAGCGAGGAUCGGCCCUUCAUGUGUUUUAACAUCUGUGUUCUGAAAACCAUGGCCGUGGCCGUCCACACUCGGUGCCAGGUGUGCUGCAAGGCCGGGGACCCACUCUGAAGAGCCACGACGCAGUGACUCGGAGGCCUGCCGCUCCAGGAGGGCGUGGUCAUGCGUGUUCGUGGCCUUGCUGGGACGGAGUGAACACCGGAAGUCCAGGAGCGGGGCCUGCUGAGGCUCUCUGCCAAGACCGGGCGGCUGGGCUCGUGGUGGCUUUCCUGAACCGCUGUCUACUCUUGCUGUGCGGCAUCAGAGGCACUGGUGGCGGUGGCAGCCAGCAGACAGGAGCCCCCAUCUCGGGGAAACGAGGUGCAAUAUGUAUAUUCAUGGGUAGUGUCGCAGGUGGCCCUGUCACCCCACUGUGGAGUGUUGUUUGGAAACUGGGUGUCGGAGGCAGCUAGGGGCCUGGAAGGCCCAGGUAUAUGACCCUCCUGCCCCCAAGCCCCGGCAUAGGGGUGCCUGGGAUGCUGGGAUGCUGGGCUGGGGACGCUGACACAGGCUGCAGCUGCAGCUGCUGUGCAGGGCUCGGGGCUGGCCCGGCGCCGCCUGCAGGUGGGCUUCCCUCUCGGGAGCUGGGACGCGGCCUCCACAGGCCAGUGCUGGUGAUGGCCCGGCCACGCCACACCUCGACCGUUUGGACGGGGGGCUGGCCCCAGGCCCGUCCUCAGCAGUGCUUGGGGACAGUGUUGACGCGCACCACCUGUGGGAACCAGAGCCGAGUGUCUGUGCAGCCGGGGGCUGGGGGCAGGUCUGCCCUGCGCGUUUGUAUGACCACUGUAUUUGUGUACUUAGCACCGUGUCAGUAAUAAAUUCAUGACAACGUGUACCUUUC